AUGAAAAUACCAUCAAAAACCACUUCAAGUCCAGCUCGCACAGACAAAUUCCCUCCACCAUUAAUGCGAUUCUUAAGAACCAAUGCAUCAAGUAGAAGCAGAAGAUCAAGGUCAAGCCCCAUGUUCGUUCUCCGCAAGAAGAACAACACCAACACCAUUGAAACAACUCAAGAACCUUCUUCCCCUAAAGUCACUUGCAUGGGUCAAGUCAGAGCCAAACGCUCCUCCAAAUCAAAGUCAAAAUCAAAACAAAAACAAAAACAACCUUCCCCCACUCUCACUCAUCGCUCCUGGAUUAAAAAGCCCAACUCAUGCCGUUGUCGGCCCGUUUGGCCCAAAUGGGCUUUCUUCCGUAGAAAAUCACCUAAACCAAAACAGCCGGACGAGUUUGUUUCUAUUUCUAUUUCUAAUAGUAAUAUUCACGAAGAGAUAGAUAGUGUUGAUAGUUAUAAUCAAAAUCAAAAUCGCAAUGCUUUCGCUUCAACUUCAAAUUCUUGUUCUCCUCCAAAGAACGCUUUGCUGUUAACCCGGUGUAGAUCCGCUCCGUACAGAUCUUCGUCUCUUGCGAGUAGGUUUUGGAGUUCACCUUUGAGGAACGAAGAAACAGAGUCUACUUCCGAUAACGAGAAAUCAAGUUCGCAAUCGCUGAAUAGAGACUCCGUUUCUGAUAAAGAGGAUUCGAUAGGUACUCAAACUGGAAGAAUCGGUUCAAUUAGGGAUUUGGAAAAUGUUGAAGAGUUGUUGUUGAAGGGAAGGGUAAAAAAGGAAGAAGAUGAGGAGUCCGCGGUGGCGCGUCCUGUUGUACUGACUCGGUGCAAAUCGGAACCGGCGAGAGUAGAUUACAGAAUUGACCCUGAGGUAAAUAAUUUGUGGAAAAAGACAAGGUUGGGUUUUGCUGUUACUUCUUCUCCUCUCCACAUACUUUCUGAUUAA